AUGCUCAUCCGAUCGCUUCUCGUUUUGGCGUGUCUUCUCGCCUGUGCACCGACGACGGUUAACUCAUGGUGGUUGCUUUCGAAAGCGGACACGUCGUCACCCACAACGUCCAACUCGCCGAUUCUCUGCAAAAAUGUUCCCGGAUUGACGCCACAGCAGAAGCGAAUGUGCCAUGAGAAUCCGAACAUUAUCAAGUACUUGAUCUCCGGACUUCGAAGCGCACUGCACACCUGCGAGUACACGUUCCAGCGAGAAGCAUGGAACUGCACACUCACACUCCCAGGUGUCGGAACAUCACCUCUACAGAUUGCCUCCCGUGAAUCAGCAUAUGUGUACGCGAUUUCCGCAGCCGGCGUGUCUCACUCACUGGCUCGCGCUUGUUCGAAGGGCCUAAUCGACGAUUGCGGUUGUGGAGAGACGCCACAGGGAACCGACCCAACUUCUUCCACCGCUAGCCGCUCACCGAGUGACUUCGUAUGGGCUGGAUGCUCGGACAACGUCAAGUUUGGCAACGCGUUCGGCCGCAAAUUCGUCGACCAAUACGACCGUCAACACGCCACCGAGCCACGUUCCCAGAUGAAUUUGCACAACAAUCGCGUCGGCCGACGUCUUCUCGCCAACGCGAUGAAUAGAGAAUGCAAAUGCCACGGAGUGUCGGGAAGCUGUGUCACCAAGACUUGCUGGAAGGUGAUGCCAAAGUUCGAUGAGUUUGCCGCACGUCUUCAUGAGAAGUAUCAACUCGCGAAACUUGUGACUAACAACGAUCAGAAGCUGUUUGUAAGAAGCACACCGUCUGCAGGGCUCUCCGGAAGAACAGAAAGAUACGUCAAAACUUUGGACGCUUCUUCAAAGCAAAUGAGAAACGAGCUCAUCUAUCUCGAUGCUUCACCCAACUACUGCGCAAUCGACGUCAAGGAUCGAGAAUGCGGCGAUAAAUGCUCGAACAUUUGCUGUGGACGAGGCUGGAGAACGACUCGCGAAAUCGUCGACGAGCCGUGCCAUUGUCAAUUCGUCUGGUGCUGCGAAGUGAAAUGCAAGACGUGCAAAAAGCUGGUGGAACGAAACUUCUGUCUUUAG